GGAGUGAAAGUGAUGGCAAAGGACCUUAUCUAACACAGCAGUUUUACAAGCUUAAAUCCCAACUACAAGGUGUUUCUCUCAAAAUCCAGACUCUGAAAUCAACACAAGCAAUGGGUGAGGCUAUGAAAGGUGUAACUAAAGCGAUGGGUCAAAUGAACAGGCAGGUGAAUUUCGAAAAAACAUGCAAGAAUUUGAGAGGCAGAAGGAGAAAAUGGAGAUGGUCUCUGAGGUCAUGGGAGAUGCUAUUGAUGAUGCUUUGGAAGGAGAUGAGAAAGAGCAAGAGACUGAUGAUUUUGAGUGUGCAUUUUACUUCUAAGAUGGAGGGCAUG